CCGCCUCCCUCCCGCCCGCUGGCGGCCCCGCCCCCGCGGCGCUGGGCGGGAGAUUUGGACACCGCCGGGGCAGGCGGCAGCAACAGGCCGGGCGCGCCAUGGAGCCGGAGGGGGAGCCGGAGCGCGAGCGCCUCUUACACACUCAGAGGCUAAAGGCUGCAGUUCACUACACUGUUGGUUGUUUAAGCCAAGAAGUUGCAGAAGAUAAAGAAAUUCAGUUUAGCAAACAAAGCAUUGCAGCUAUUUCAGAGAUCACCUUCAGGCAAUGUGAAAAUUUUGCAAAAGACCUUGAAAUGUUUGCAAGGCAUGGAAAACGAACAAUAAUCAAUACAGAGGAUGUGAAGCUUUUGGCCAGGAGAAGCAACUCUUUGCUAAGGUACAUCACCCAGAAGAGUGAAGAGCUUGCAUUGAAUAAUCUGGAACAAAAGGAGAGAAAGAAAAAAAAGUCCAGUGCAGCAAAAGGAAGAACCACCUCUGAUGAGCAGAUGGAGGCUGGUAUAGCUGAGAGUGAGGAUUCCAAUAUGGCAUGAUCUUCCUCUUAAAACCACUUUUAUACUUGCUAUUUGUUUUGUAGUAUGGAGCAGUAAGGAUUCAUUACUAUCCUUGGGGAACAACUGCGGUCUAUCUGUAUUGUAACUCCAUUGGGAUUUGCCUUUGGGAGGGUAGCUAAGCACUGAGUCCUUAGUCUUAUAGGUGAACAUAAUUAAUGUUUUAAUUCCACCUGCAAAAAACAGGAAUCAAUACCAAAAGCUUUUUAGAGGUCAUCAAAGGAAGGUUUAAAAGAUAAAAUAGUAUUGCCAUAUUUUCAUGGGGUUUUUUUGUUUGUUUGUUUCCUGGAAGAUAAUUUAUUAUUGAGUGCUUGCAACUCUAAGGGCUCAUCUAGACUACGUGGAACAGUCGAAAGAGGAUAUGCAAAUUCUGCAGGAAUUUGUGUAUCUUCUUCUGAUCGCACUUUCAAAAGUAGAGCUUUCAAAAGUGAAAGUAGUUUAGAUGCAGUUUUUUCGGCGAAUCCUCCCACCUUUGUUGAAAAGCUGCUCUUCCUCAAAAAUGAGGUUUACGCGGCUUUUCGACAGGGGGGGGGUUGCUGCGUCUAAACUACUUUCACUGCGGAAUUUGCAUAUCCUCUUUCGAUUGUUCCGCAAAGUCUAGAUGAGCCCUAAAGCAAGAUAUCUUUUACCUAACCACGUAAAAGAAUCUAGAGACUGUGAGGGGCUCUUUCUGGCAAUCUUUCUUCUUCAAAUUACAAGUGUGAAUUGUGUUCCUCCACGCUUGUUGAUUGCUCCUUUGUGGAAAGGUAUAAACAUAUUUCAGUCAUAACUUUUGGUUGUCAUUCCUUUUGGCUAUUAAAAUAUUUUUCUGCAUUAUUUUGUCUAGUGAAAUUGCUUGUGUAAAAUUACUUUUAAUUACGAUGAACAAGCUGUACUUUGAGCCUUUGUGUUUAGAUGAAAUAAAAAAUACUGACAA